AUGACUAAACAUUUUGAGAUGACUGAUAUGGGACUCAUGUCUUACUUCCUCGGUCUUGAAGUCAUGCAGACAACUGAAGGUAUCUUCAUUUCCCAAAAGAAGUUUGCUGGAGAUAUUUUGAGGCGAUUCAAGAUGGAAUUUUGUAAUCCCAUCAAGACACCAGUUGAAGCAAGGUCACAUUUGAGUAAAGCUGGAAAUGGAGAGCUUGUCAAUGCCUCUACUUAUCGGAGUUUAGUUGGGAGUCUUCGUUAUCUUACCAAUACACGGCCUGAUAUAGUAUUUGGAGUGGGUUUCAUCAGCCGUUUUAUGGAGACACCAAGUCAGGAUCACUUACAAGCUGCCAAACGCAUUUUGCGGUAUGUCAAAGGUACUCAAAGUCAUGGUUUAUUUUAUACUUCAGCUAAAACCUGCAAUCUGGUGGGAUAUAGUGAUAGUGAUUGGGCAGGAGAUGUGGAAGAUAGGAAGAGCACCUCUGGUUUUGUGUUUCAUAUGGGUUCUAGUGUUGUGUCUUGGUCGUCGAAGAAGCAACAGGUUGUCGCUCUUUCAACUACAGAAGCUGAAUACAUGGCUGCAGCUUCAAGUGCUUCUCAAGCAGUCAGAAUUAGUGUUUUAAUUCCUGCAAAGGAUGGGCAUUCCGGCAUCCAACAGAAGACUGUAGCAAUUAUUCCGAAAUUUCAAUCAGGUCAGGAGACGGUGGAUGCACUUGAGAGACAAUCAAACUGGCAAGAUAUUCGAUAUGCGCAGGAAAGAUCGAGUCCAAGAAUUAUGAAGAAAAAUGAGACUCGGCAGAGAAUAUCUUCCCCAAAGAAGAAAAAUGUUGGUCCAUCCCGGCAGAGAUACAGUAAUUCUUAUGAAGAUUCAUACUGGCGCCAACGUUGA